AUGUCAUCAUCAACAGCGGCCAAUCAAGUGAGGGCAUCUCACAUACUCAUCAAGCACCAAGGCUCUCGUCGUAAGGCUUCUUGGAAGGAUCCAGAAGGUCGCGUCAUCUCCACCACCACCCGAGACGCCGCUGUCUCACAGCUUAAACUUCUCCGCGGCGACAUCGUUUCCAACAAGGCUAAGUUCGACGAGGUUGCCUCUCGCUACUCCGAUUGCAGCUCCGCUAAACGUGGCGGUGAUCUCGGUCCUUUUGGUCGAGGCCAGAUGCAAAAGCCAUUUGAGGAUGCAACAUAUAAUCUUAACAUAGGCGAGAUAAGUGACAUUGUGGAUACUGAUAGCGGUGUUCACAUCAUAAUGAGAACUGGCUAAUCAUUAGUGAUGGAGCCUGGAUAUCGUGAGCAAUUAGUUCAGUCUUCGCGGACUAUUCUAUCCAAGAACAUUCUGAAAUCACUUCUGAUAAUGCCUAUGGCUAAUUUCAUUGAACUCUUUUUGCUUGAGAGUGACCUAAAUGCAUGGGAUAAUUUGGUUGCUAAAGCAUUUAAUUUUUGAACCUUUUUGGUUUUGGUGUGACAGUUUAUAAUAAAAAAAAAAUAUUUGGUGAACUAAA